UCGUACUAUUAUGCGAAAUAUCAAGUGUGUAGACACUUGACGUAAAACCUUUUCUGAAAAAAGCUUAUUUUUCCUCUAAUUUUUGCACUAGUUCAGAAAUUCUUCGGAAACGAACAGAUCUUAGGUCAGGUGUACGCAUAUAUUAUAAGUAUACGUCAGUCGCUUCUAAUCAGUUUAAGCACGAACACGUUUGACUCUCCUAUAAAUAAAUAAAUAUACAGAUAUAUAUAUGUGCGAAAAAUAUAUGUAUAUACUCGACGAGAAUGCGCGCGAACACUGAUUAAUUUCGUGGUGAAAAGAUGCUUCGUAAAUUUUUGGCGCAACGAUUGUCAUUUAACUACUGGGUGAUACUCCUCUCGAUCUCCUGUUAUUUCGUUAUCGCUGAUGAUACUGCCAAGACAAAACAGUUGACAUUAUGCACUCAACAAUCCGGGCAUCUACGCAGUUUGAUAUUCGUCAGUACCUUGGAUGGGAAGAUAUCUGCUUUAGAUGCUGCUAAUAAUGGACAAAAACAGUGGUCUCUGGACUUUGGCAAUAAACCAAUGUUGUCAUCCAAUAUUCAUAACAGAGAACUCAAUGAUAAUGGACAAUGGAUACGUUUGAUCCCAUCGUUGAACGGUGGUUUGUAUAAAUUUGAUGGUGACAAUUUGGAAACACUACCAAUAACAACAGAUCAAUUAUUGCAUUCCUCCUAUCGUUAUUCCAAUGAUUUAAUCUUCUCAGGUGGUAAAGAAGUACAUUCUUAUGGCGUGCACACCAGAACAGGAAAAAUUCUGUAUGAAUGUGACAUCACUGGAUGCAAAAACAAUACAGGUGGUGAAGGAUACUUAGAACAAGAAGUACUUGUCAUUAAACGUCUUCAACAAACUAUACGAGCUGUAGAAGCUCGUACAGGUAUUGAAAGGUGGAAUUUCAGUGUCGGGCAACAUGAUUUAGUGCUGGUACCUCCCACAGAAACAUAUUGCCCUGAUAAAGUUACCUUACUAGAUGUUGAAAUUAAAUCCAUAAUUCCAGAAGGAUUGGUUUGGGCUGUUAAUGAAAGUGACCCUAUCCACAAGUUGUGGCAAUACAAGUUUGACUCUCCAAUUGUUUCAAUAUGGCGUGAAAAUGCAAACCAAGAUACUACAGAUCAGGAUUUUUUGGAAAGAAUCAAUUUAUUUGAUGGUACUAAAUGGGUUUGGGGAACGAAAUAUUCAACGAACAACCCGAGUUUAUAUGUAGGUAUGCAUCAGAGGCAAUUGUACGUGCAAGAAAACUUGGAAUUAAAAAAUUCAUUAAGAGAUUCGUCUUCUGUGAAACAUGCUCAACCUAUGGUAUAUCCGUGGCUACCAUAUCCAGCUAUUGGCAACGGAUUUUAUUUGUAUGCGAUAAGUGAGAUUAAGCCGGUUGUUGAAGGAUAUAACAAUAGCAAGUCUACUUUAGAUAUGGAAAAACCCAUGUUAACUUACAUAGAAGAAGAAAAUAAUAAAUCUAUUGAAAUAAUUUGGUCACUUUUCUAUAGAUGGGAAAUAAUUCUAGCGAUAUCAAUUAUAGUCUUUUUGCAUUUUACAUGGCCUCUGAAAUAUUUUAAUCGAAAUAUUGAAAAUGGUUUAAUUCCGCCUGUGGUAGUACAAACAAUAGGUCUAGCAGUAGAAGCCAAAUCGGACGAUACAAUUCUUGAUGAAAACGGGAGUGCAAAUGAUUUUAAAUCACGUUAUCUAACAGACUUUGAACAAGUUGAUUGUUUAGGUAAAGGAGGAUAUGGUGUUGUUUUUGAAGUAAAAAAUAGAGUAGAUCAUCGUAACUACGCUAUCAAGAGAAUUACCUUACCAGAUAAUAAAGAUUCGCGUGUAAUGCGAGAAGUAAGAGCAUUAGCUAAGUUGGAGCAUCGCAAUAUCGUAAGAUAUUUCAAUUCUUGGCUAGAAUGCCCUCCUAGUGGGUGGCAAGAGGAACACGAUAAGCAAUGGUCCAAAUUGGCCUCAUCUGGUUGUCCAUCGUUAAUCACUGAAACCGAAGCAAAGCUCAAAGAUUCCGUGUGCAUUGACGUUUCACAAACAGACUCGCCAUCCGUGGAACGUCCUUAUGAACCUUACAAAUUGGAUAAUACACAAAUGACCAACGAGUUAGUUGUAAUUGGAUGUUCAAGUGAGAAGCAACAUGACGAUAAUGCACUUUACAUCAUUGAAAGCCCCCAUAAAGCUUACAAAUUGAACAAUACAGAAAUAACCAACAAUUCAAUCGUAUUUGAAUAUUCAAAUGAAAAACAACGUGAUGAUAAUGCAAUUUACAUCGGUGAUAGUACCAACAAUUCCGAUGUUCUUUCAAAUAAUAUAACUAAAGAUCCGCUGUCAGCUAAUGUUGAUAACAGCAAUUAUUCCGAAAGUAUUGUUUUUGAAGGAAGCGAUAACAAUGUUUUGGAAGAAACCACACACGCAAGUAACAAUGUUACGGGAGAAACUACAAGUAGCAAUGUUACGGAAGAAAUCGAUCAGAAUAAUACAGAAGAGAAAGAAAGGUGCAAGCGUCGAAAGGCUACGCUCGCCUUAGAUUUGAAUACUAAAUCAAACGCUCGUAAGUCAGUAAAAGUGUUCCUGUACAUACAAAUGGAGUUGUGCCAAAGACUCAGUCUCAAGGAAUGGUUAAAGCAGGAUUCAAUUCGAGAUCCCUCUCGAGUGUUAAGUAUUUUCCAGCAGAUAAUAGAUGCAGUGGAAUAUAUCCAUUUGCAAGGUUUGAUUCAUCGAGACUUGAAGCCAUCGAAUAUAUUUUUCGCUUUCGACAAUAGUAUUAAGGUCGGCGAUUUCGGCCUUGUAACUGGUAUAGUCGAGAGUUACGAUGGAACUAGUACACCCGAAUUUGAAGAUGAGACUGCUACUUUAAUGGAUUGCGUACACACUGCGUGUGUCGGCACGCACUUAUAUAUGUCGCCCGAACAGGCGAAUGGCCAAACUUACAAUUACAAAGUAGAUAUUUACUCUUUAGGAAUAAUUUACUUUGAGCUUCUUACACCUUUUUCCACCGAUAUGGAAAGAGCAAUAGUGCUUACGGAUUUGAGAAAAUCCAUUUUUCCGAAAAAUUUUGCGGAAAAACAUACGACUGAGUAUAAAUUGCUUCAAAUAAUGUUGCAUGACGAUCCUAGCGAACGACCUACAACUGUUGGCAUUAAAGCGAGGCUACCCUUGCUGAACAAUCAAGCAGCUAAUGAACAUAAUAUAGAUAAAGAUUUAAAAAGUCAUUUUGAAUUACCACGCAGGAUUAGACAUUCCUCCAUAAGUAGUAGUAAUAAUAUUUCAUUUGAAUCAUGAAUACGUAAGUUACAAUUUAUUUUCGUCAUUUUUAUCACCGCUGAUUACUGUUAUAGCUUAUUUAUGUUCUCUCUUUAAUAAUAAAUUUAUAUUAUACACGUAUUGUAAUAAAUCCAUGCAAUAUGUAAAUUUAAAAUAUUUCAGAGAUAUUAUUUAAAAACUUUAAAAUAUUAAAAGAAUUGUUCUCUGAAAAUUUACUUAUGAAAUAAAAUAUGCAAUGUGUACGUGAGAAAAAUUUUUGUAUUGCAUGCAUUUAUAAUGUACAUCAAAUUGUACAAUUUUAUUCA